GUUCACGGGGAGCAUCUAGAAAUUAACCGUUGAGGUUUUGUUCUAAUAAAAAACCGUGGGUACGAGUUUAAAAGAAAUUGUGUAACGAUGGAAGAUUAUUCUAAACRGCCUGCCAAGUGGUCGGGGUUGGUUCCUAUGGCAGCCUCCAUUCAUCGCGCGCGCAGAGACGCACAACCACAUGAACUCAUACUGAGGGGUAGCUGGCAUCAUCCUCCUGGAGGUCAACACAAGGAGCCGUAACAGCAGAGAGAGAGGAAGCCCUGCCACAGCCAUUCUCCCCUCCUACUCCCCCUCAUCCUCCCUUCUUCUCCCAUCAGACUGACAGAGAGAGAGAGAGAGAGAGUGAGGAAAAGAGUGAGGGAAGGUGGGGAAAAAAAGAGGGAGACAUGUACCAAACACUCCUCCUCUCUUCCUCUCUCUUCCUCCUCCAUGUCACGGCCACUCCACAGUUCCACGGUCAUCACGGGAGGAGGGUGUGUGGCAGAGACGUCCGUCACAGCAGUGUAGUCACGACGACAGAGUCGUUCAUCCAGCCCGUUCACAAGCCCUACAUCACCCUGUGUCAGGGGCACCGCUUCUGCAGCACCUACAAGACAGUGUACAGGGUGGCCUACCGUCAGGUGACCAGAGCGCCGCCACUCUCACACUCUUAUCCAGAAUGCUGCCCGGGCUGGCGACAACUCCACUCACACAACUGUAACCAAGCGGUGUGUGUCCAGUCCUGUGUGAACGGAGGAACGUGUUUAAGACCCAACCACUGUGCCUGUCCUCUGGGCUGGAUAGGACGACACUGCCAAACAGAUGUGGAUGAGUGCAGUGAGCAGCAGUCCUGUUCUCAUCAGUGUGUGAACAUGGCAGGCAGCUACCGGUGUGUUUGUAGAGAGGGCUACAGGCUGGCAAGAGACAGACACUCCUGUGAGAGCCUUCCUCCUCCUCCUACACCUCCUGCCCCGCCCGCCUCUCCCACCAGCCCCGGCCAGGCAACAGCAAACGAUUACAGACCCCCCUCCAGUGAUACAGGUGGAAGGGUCACAGAGGAGGUACAGAGCCUGAAGAACAGAGUAGAGCUGCUAGAGCAGAAGCUUCAGUUGGUCCUAGCCCCCUUCACCAGUCUGUUCCCCAUGUCGCUGGACGAGGGCGUGUCUGAGAAGACCAGCUUCCUGUUUCACUCCUUCCAGCAGCUGGACCGCAUCGACUCGCUCAGCGAACAAAUCGGCUUCCUCGAGGAACGCCUCGGUACCUGUUCCUGCCAGGAGAAUUAGACACAGAACAUGACUGGGUGAAAACCAACCAGACAUGUCCACAGUCUGAAUUCACAAAACAAUAACAAUAGGAAUGGAAUGAUUGCCCCAGCCCAGGGAUAUGGUAGGAGGAAGAAAGUCAGCAGAACAUAGGCCUACUCAACGUUUGUGCAUUCAUGUUCCUGUACCAGCCCAAAGACUUGCUCUCGAGAACCCAAGGCAUUAACAAGGCAUUCUGCCUUAUCUCACGGGUUCUCAGCUAUAAACACUAGUUACCGGUAGCACCAUGUGAACUACAAUCCCAACGCUGUUUUAACAUUUAGAAACGUCAAUAAUCAUCGCUUCCGCUAUGGUUUCUGAAACAUAGAAAACAUAUCUUUCAUAUCAGCGGGAAUGAAUCGUUCAAAUAAAAAAGAUACUUACUGAAACAGGUUUGCCCAGAUCCUUACGUCUGUGUGCCUCCAGCCGUCAAACUACACUUCCUCACCCAGUUACGCUUACACACAGGUGUUCGAACACACUCUAGAGAGCUAGAUAGCACAGGUGGUUGUCUCUGUCCACCAUCUGUCUUCCGUAAACAAGCGCUGUAACAUGGAGAUUUGGCCGCGUGCAUGGGAGCACUAACCCUAACCAUAUAAAAGGUGUGUAGUAAUUUAACCUUUUGUUUUUUUUACAAUUAUUUCUCGCUGAUACGAAAGAUACGUUCCUUAUGUUUCCAAAACCGUACCRCAAGCGAGGCGCGUUAACGUUCCCGAACGAGCGUCGGGGCUCUUAACAAAACUCCCCUGGCCAGAAGAUACCGCCAUGAAUAGACGCUAAAGGUGGUUUGUGUAUAUGUUUCAGGGUUCCUUGAUGCUAGAGGCAUCACUACAGACCCGGGUUCGAUCCCGGGCUGUAUCACAACCGGCCGUGAUCAGGAGUCCUAUAGG